CUGGUCUUGGGAGAAAGAACUCAACUCUGUCUAUUGUUCGCAAAGAAGACAAGCUGUUUGGUUGCUUGAAAAAUUCUUUGAGCUUUUCGGCGUUUCUUACGCUGUGCGUCUUUGAAGUGGAAGAGUUAGAGCCUAUUGGCGUACUUUAAGUUAACGGAUGAAGGAACUAUCGAGAUAUGGCGAGUCCAAUCAACAGUAUUUUAGGCUUAAAUCGUACCGUGAAAGAAUACCAAGGUCUAAACGAAUGUGGCUCUCGAAUCGAUGAGCUGAAGGGAAGGAAACUUGGUGCGGCCUUCCCUUCAGCUGCCCUCGGAAAAAUUGACUCGUUACCACAAGCACCGUCAUCUAGACGUACUGUUACCGUAACACUAAACGAUGCCGCAGAUUGCUCCUCGUUCAGUUUGACUCUUGGUGGAGGAUACCUUGAUGAUUGCUGCGAGUCUGAGAGCGAUUCCGAUGAUGAUGGCAUACUACGGUCGUUCGAGGAUGAGGUCAUACUCUCCUCGAACGAUCUAGCCACUGUCAGUCGUCUUCGAUUCGUCUUGCUCCAUGAGGACCGUCGCGUUGCAACUUACCACUGCUUGCUUUUCGGCAAACGAGUGUGUCUGAUGGUUCCUAGUGAUGAAGACUGCAGCGGAUCUGCGCUUGCCAGCUUGUUUGACUAUGUCAGCGAGAAACUGGAAUGCGAGGCCGUAAUCUUGUGCUUGCCCAGGGACAACUUGAAAAUCUCUACCCUUAUCCGCUCAUUCAUGUUUUUGGGCUUUGAGACUCUGCCGCCGCAAGAUGAAUACUGCCAAGGCCUUGACAACGCCAACUUUUUCUUCAUGGCCUACUGUAUGUAGUGAGCAUCCCUUCAGCUGCCCAUUCUAGAUUGUGAAGGAUGAUGCGUAUGCACACAAGAUCACCACUACUAUAUUUUAUCACCUCUGCAGCAUAUUGAAUUUAUUGUUGUUAGCAACAUAGGCCAAUGUUACCCUUGCUCUUUGGUGUUUUAGUUCUCGAGCCUUCUUCAUGCCCACCUAACUGUUGUGUUUUGGGUUUAUUUAACCUGUGGGUCCCUGGUGUGUUGUUUUCGUCAGUGUGGGAUGAUUUUGAUUGUGUGGGUGUGAGAGAGCUCAGUGUCCUGGUCUUGUUACUGCAACAUGGUGUACCCUGACCCCACCCGAUCUUUCACCAUACCCACCUCUUGUUUUGCACGCGUGUAUCUUCAUUUUCAAGCGUAUUGUUUUCCUUCAUUGCACGCUGGGUUUUUAUAAGAAUUAUGGCAGACUCCUUUAUUGUAACGAUUACCCACCACCCACCACCACCACCCCUGGUAUUGUGUGCACGGAUUAACGUGACGAAUUUUAUGUUAUCAACCAA